AUGUCCAUCAUUCUCUAUGAUAUACCUUCUUCUCUAGCUCGGAAGGCUUGGACCUAUAAUGUUUGGAAAGCUAGAUUCAGUCUGAAUUAUAAGGGUAUUCCUUACACCACCCACUGGAUCGAAUUUCCCGACAUCGAACCCACUUUCAAGAAACUAGGUGUUCCGCCAUCGAGUACACAACCAGAUGGAAGUCCUUAUUACACCGUUCCAACGAUUUACGACCCAUCUACCGGCGUAUACGUUUCCGACUCAAUCCUCAUUGCAGACUACCUCGAUAAGACCUACCCAGACAAACCAUUGCUAUUCCCCAGUGGAACGUUUGGAAUCCAGUCUGCCUUCAACGAUGGCUUCUUUUAUCACAUUAAGGCAGUCGUACCUGCGAUGAUCCCAACUAUUCUCAGUAAUCUACAUGAUGUCAGUUCGACUUAUAUGGUCAACAAGCAUGGAUCUUUACCCCCAAAGCCAACUUUUGAAGACUACUGGCAUUCAUUCAAGCAAGGACUAGAUCAAAUCGACACAUGGUACGCCAGAAAUGGCGAUAAAGGCACAUUUUUAUUUGGAGAUUCUCCGUCUUGGGCUGAUAUUGUGGUGGCCAGCGUACUUGUAUACGUAAAAAUAGUUUUCGGGGAAGCGAGUCGCGAAUGGCGAGAGGUGGAAUCAUGGAACAAUGGCCGAUGGAAGGAACUCAGUGGCUACUUCAGCGCCUACGAAACCGUCAUUUGA